AUGAGCACAAACCACUUCUCCACAUUGAUUUGGGUGAAUACGGGCUGCCAUGAAAAGGCGGAAGACCCGCGGUACGAAGAUAAGCGGCAUGCCACAGUGGACCAGUGGUUCGGUCGUGGGGCCUUACCAUCGGUUAAUGAUGUGUUAAGUCGGCCCAUGGAGCAGCAGAUUCCAACAAGCGCCCCGGCUCAAGAGGGAGAGAGUAGCAACCGUGAAGCAAGGGCAUUACCAGCUCAAAGGAGGGGAUGCCAGGAAAUGUACGAAUGUUUACCUAUUUCAAAUGGGGAUGGCAGAUCUCUUGUCUUCUGCUCGUCAGAGCCACGGUUGCUUUCUCGCUGCAGCCACUUGGCGCAGGCAGGAGGCAAACAUUCAAGGGAUGCGCUUAAUGGCCUCUCCCGUAGUGAGCGGAAAGGGGAAGAAACAGCUGAAGGGUGCGUCCUUUGUCCAUGGAGCUCUUGCUGCCUUACUAGUUCGACCUUUCAGCGCUGUUCUGCGGUCCUUCACUCCCCCAAGGAGAGGCGCCAAUUGCCACGACGGCACGGCCAUGAUUUCUUUCAGGCAGAGUUUCUGCGUGUCGAGGACUUUUCAAGAGAAAUUGAGGAGCUACAGGAGCUGUUAUACCACCACUCGUGCGACAUUCUUCCGGCCGGUGACGUGCACGUACUACGCCAUGUCCUGUGCUCUGAGAGAAUUGGGCCCUUGAUGCCUAACGAAAUAAAUCUGUUGCACCAGCUCUUGAAUCACACAGGAUCGAAUGCUUUGUCAUCAACGGAACGCGAAUUGUUCAUCAGGUUGCUCAGAAAACGAGCCACCGGAGAUAUCCAUUCCGAAGAAGGGGCCACCCUGCGAGCGCUGUUGCUUCGAGCUUUGGCGGAUUCCUUGUCAUCAGAGCAGCAGCUGAAUGCAUCUGCUGCCUUGCAGAACAAGUGUGGUGCCCCUAUUUCUCCCUACUUACUUGAUGAUCUCCAUUUCACUUUAAAUGGACCGGAUCGGCAGCAGGGCAGGAAUGCAGUGCAGGCGGUACUGGAGGAGCAGCUUGCAUUGUAUUGUAGGUGGCCCCAACGAAUGGCCAUUCAUAGGCUCCUUUUCUUAGAACCGCCCUGGCCUCUCUCAGCUGAAGAACGCCACUUGCUAGAAACACUUCACCAGCAGCCUACAGUUUGGUGGUCACCAGCCCAGGAGAACAGGUUCUUUACUAGCCUUGUUGGACGUCAUACAGGAGGAGAUGUGGAUUGUACUGAUGAGGCCAUCGAGCUCCUCUUACAGCUUCUUGCUGCGUCAUUGAGUCCCCCACAAAGACAGCACUUAACGUUGCUUCUGGGCGCAUCACAUAUUCAGGCCUUAAGCCAGCAACCACCAACUGUCUCCCACAAGGUGCAUGGGUUAGCACCUACGCCUGGUCAGAUGAGGACAAUGGAACUUCUACAACGUGUGCUUGAAGGUGAAGACCUGACUCCUGUUGAAAACGGGUUUCUACAGGCCGGCAUCCUGCGGGAGCUGUUGCGGCUGUUGCCACCGAAGGACGUGCAAAUGCUGUACAGCCUGGUACUUUCCAGCGAUGCGAUUCCUGUACCUCGAUCAGGUGUAUCAGUUCUCAAGGAGUUACAGCGUGCUAGGCAGCUUUGGGACUCGAUGGGAGGCCACACAGCGUGUAUGGAACAGAUAGGCAGGAGUGGGUUGCGGCAGAUGUUUUUACACUAUCUUGCAGUGUCGCUGAGCCCCCAACAGCUUAGAGUACUGACCCAGCUACUGGGGGAUAAUUCGGAGGAGCAGAAACCCGGAAAACAGCAAGAAGGAUCUCGAAGAUCCUCUACAAGCAGUCGUUCAGUCGCUUGCCCUUCUGAGAUCCCUCUAUACGGUGACUGUGUGGGGCAUAGAGCAUCAGAGGAGCCAAAAGCAAGCUGCAGGGGAGAGAAAGGUGUAUGCCGCGGUUUUGAGGAGCCAGUACGAAGCCUUGCAGAGUUCCAAACUGGUCCGUUGACGGCGUUGACACAGGAGCAGGUAGGGAUUCUUGAACGUUUGCUGGAGCUGCACCAUGUUGGUUGCCAUGCUUCACAGCAAAAGGACGUGUGUGAAGGGGAGCUACUUAAACCCUGUCAAUCCUCAAGGACUGUCGUUAACUACCAGCAGCCGCCCGUGAGUCAGUUCUCUCUUCUUCAAAUUUCCAGAACCCUGUUGGAAGAACAGGUGGAAUUCAUUAUGAGCAUAGUCUGUAGAGCUCAAAGUGCACCCCGCCAAACAAAUGCAGACACCGAUGCCCUCACAGGGUGUGUAUGUUCUCUAACCACUGAGGACGAUAUGGUACGGGGAGCAUGCCACUUUCACUCUGAUCUCGUCACACCGAGUCAGCGACAGCUCUUCCAUUGGCUACUAGACCAGAAGGUUAAUGGAACUGGUGCAGCCGAGCAGGAACCACUUACUCGUUAUUUGUUGUCCCCUACUAUUACUCGAGACUCGCCAUCAGCGCCCCACGUCAUCGUACCAUGCCAGCCACUUAUCCAGCUGGCCAAUUCACUGUCCCAAACCCAAGUUGAGAUGCUUCACCUAUUCUUGGCUGGGUGUUCUGAACAACCAACAUAUUCAUAUUUAGACGGCGCAGGAGGAAAUACUGGAGUCACGGAGGUAGAAGGCGUGGGCACAACAGACGGACUUUCAGAGUCCCAGACUCAGCACGUUAGCGCUGAUUGCUUGAUUCCAGCGGAGGAGUUCUGUCACAUGAAGAAAGCUGAGGAUACCACGACGGCACAUAUUUUAGAAAAGGACUGUGUAGGGACUUCGCCCGGGGUGUCUAAAGGUCUCCGAGACGACGAUUUUGUUGAGCUUAUUCAAAACCAGUUAGCGGGGAGCCAGACCCAUCGCAAGUUGCCGCAUGGGCCUGGAUCUGAGUUUUCACAAUCACUACCCGCGCUAAAUGUGUCUUCAACUGGCCAUGUGCAUGGGGCAGAGAAUGGCCAGUUGUCUGUCACAGCACAUAUAAACGAAAUACCGGGCUGCCACACGCUGCCCGAGGGAAGUGUUGGUAGCAAAGGACCGCCUGAGGGACUUCAAAUAAAUGGACAAAUCGACUCCGGUCCCCCAGAUUCCCGUUUGUGUCACGGGCAACCACCUAGACCUCAAGCUAGCUCUCCUGAGGACCUGGCCAACAAAAGAGGCAUGUUGCAGCGGCUGAUCCUUGAGGCUGCAGACCAAAGGAUAUUCCUGGAGGAUUUGAAGAUGUGGCGAAACCAAUACAAGCAACGAGCCAAGCUGCGCGAAGUCUUGAAUCCGUACAUAUUGAGGAUACAAGCACUCCAACAGGGAUAUUUGAAGCGUUGCCCCUGCUUAUACCACCAGCAACAGGACAGGAGGGAAGAGGAAGAAAGACAAGCAAAUCUGAGACUUUUAGACUCUUUAGAGAGCUCUAUCUGGGGACCAGUAGAUCAGACACCUACACAGCUAGGCAGUCUUUCAUUUCAGGGACCUGUGUAUUCCAGCGAAGACCUCGUGUUCGGAAGUGGGGAAUUCGGAACUGUGAUGAAUGGAGAUAGUACGUCUUUGGGGGCUCAGCCGCUUGCAGCGGCUUUCCGACAAACUGCAAGCACACCGCUUGGAAGGACUUUGUCGAAAGACAGAUAUUCUUCUACCCGGCAACAAUCGCUAGCCAGUUCCAAUGAAUCCUUCAGACUGGAGCAGGCCUCCAUGUUCACUGCAGUUUCUGGAGACCGUUCCUCCUCCGCUUCGCCCGUAAUCAAGGCCCCGCCGUCUUGCAUUUCCCUGGGUUCAGCACCGCUCCUAGGCAGCAGCGAAAGUCAGACUCCAACAAGUUCGCCGGCACGUCUGCGCAGUCCUAUGGGUUCACGAGCAGAGCGUCACCAAGGGGGUAGCAAUCGUGAUGAAAGUGCAUCACGAGAAGAAGUAGAGGUUUCUAUGGAAGAACGAAGGAAGCGCAUGCAGCAGCAGGCGCUGGAAAAAGCCCAAAGGGUUAAAGAAGAUGCACGAGUGGCGUUCUUGGUCCUCUGCAUGAAACAAUUGCAACCUGGAAAUCCAGCUUUUGGAAUUGAACUGGUCGACAGGAUAAAUUUGUCCCAUCUUAACGCUAAGACAUUGCCCAAGGGAAAGGGAUGGAAGACUCAAGGCUUGUUGCGAAUGAUAGAGGGCAUUAUCAUGCUGGUUUGCAAGCUGCCCAGGGGAGCCGAUGUCGCAUCAGUCCUCCAGCCACUUCUGGUUUUGGCGAGCCAAACGCGCGCAGAGGAUAUCGAUCUCGCAAUACAUGCGGAGUUUGAGGGUAUUCGCCGUGCGCUAUUGGGCAUUCCCGUAGGCGCCUCAGCAGAAGCUGAAAAGGGAGCAGUAGGGACGGACAAACUCUUUCUUUUUGGAUCGAUAAGCUUAAACGACGACACAGCUGCCCACGAAAUUGCAAAGCUGAACAAGGGAGGAGUUAAUUUUUUGCAUUUUCAGCAGCAGGAUGGGUAG